AUGCUCGCUGAUCUCAGUGAUCUCAAUGCUGCCGAACCCCAAGCCGCCGUCGCCCUCGUGAGCGCCAACAAGACCAUCACAUCACAUCCUCAGAAUGAGCUGAAGCCUCCGGAGCAGCGACACCAUCAGCGUGUCGCUUCGGCCUCAGCGACCGUUAUCCAGCGUAACGGCUCGCCCGCGACCCGAUUCGACAAGUUCGGGCGCAAGAUCCUCACCCCUCCCCUCACACGCUCUAAUUCGGCUCAAGGCUCCAUGCCGGGCACGCCGCGCAGGGACUUUGACCCCGAGGAUGACGUCGAUCGCGCGAGCACGUUGAUGGCUCUGUACGAGAUUCGGGCCAAGCUUAAACAACAGGAUAACACGAGCCUGUUGAAGGCUCGAGAGAAGAUCAGUGCCUUGGCUGCAAGACAGCAAGCGCAGGCUGCUGAGAAGAAGGAACUCACAGCCCCCGAACACCGAGCGUCUCCACGAUUCACAUAUCCGAGAACGACGUAA